UUUUCGGAUGGUGGCUGCACAGGGAUCAUGACGGGGAAGAAGUCCUCCCGGGAGAAGCGGCGCAAACGUAGCAGUCAGGAGGCAGCCGCGGCGCUCGCGGCCCCGGACCUCGUACCUGCCCUCGCCAGUAGCGGCAGUGGGAGCACCAGCGGCUGCGGGAGCGUCAGCUGCUGUGGGAACACUAGCUACAGUGGCAGUGUCACUGGCGGUGGCAGCGGCGGCAGCUGUUGGGGUGGCAGCAGCGAGCGGCGGAAGCGGAGGAGCACUGACUCAUCCUCCAGCGUCUCCGGCUCUCUGCCGCAGGAAACCAAGUAUCUUUUGCCAGCUUUGGAAAAAGAACUAUUCUUGGCAGAGCACAGUGACCUUGAAGAAGGUGGACUGGACCUGACUGUUUCAUUGAAGCCAGUUAGUUUUUAUAUAUCCGACAAAAAAGAAAUGCUUCAACAGUGCUUCUGUAUUAUAGGAGAGAAGAAGUUAAAGAAGAUGCUUCCUGAUGUGUUAAAGGGUGACAAUGGAACGGAUUCUGAUGUGGAAGAGGAAGCAGAUGAAGGCUCUAAGAUGGGAUCUGAUUUAGUCAGUCAGCAAGAAAUCUGUGUAGAUUCUACUUCAUCCUUGAGAGAGAACAAGCAACCUGAAGGCUUGGAAUUAAAACAAGGCAAAGGGGAAGAUAGUGAUGUACUCAGUAUAAAUGCAGAUGCUUAUGACAGCGACAUAGAAGGCCCAUGCAACGAAGAAGCUGCUGCUCCUGAGGUCCCAGAAAAUACUGUCCAAAGUGAAGCUGGUCAGAUAGAUGACCUGGAGAAAGACAUUGAGAAAAGUGUGAAUGAGAUUCUGGGACUGGCAGAAUCUAGCCCACAGGAACCCAAAGCAGCCACCCUGACUGUUCCUCCACCAGAAGAUGUUCAGCCUUCUGCACAGCAGCUGGAGCUGCUAGAACUUGAGAUGAGGGCAAGAGCCAUUAAGGCCCUGAUGAAAGCUGGGGAUAUAAAAAAGCCAGCCUAGUUUUUUAACUGGAGUUUGAUUUUGAGAUAUGUUUGAAUGAAGCCACAUCAUAUAAUUUUGUAUCUGAAGUUUAUUUUGGGUCUUAUAUGAUACUUCUCCUUUAACCCUUAUUAGGUAAACUCAUUUGAGGCCUAAAAUACCUAUGUUUUUUUUUUUAUUACUUUUAUAUUACAGAUGUAUGUUACUGUCUUAUGAAUUAAUGACAAAUAUAAUUGGAUAGCCUAGAUACUUAGUUAGAUGAGUAUUUAGGUAUAUCUGCAAAUUAGUAUCUUAAAAGCAAUUAGCAAAGAGUCAUGUUAUUUUUUGUUCUUUAUUUUUAAAUGUUUGGGCACCAAACCUAAAAGUUUCAGAAAGAUUGACCAAGCAUGUUUCUCUUAAGGCUACCUAUAUUUUGCAAUAGACUAUUAAAUUAUUGUUCCUAGAUUUGUUACAAUUUAAGAAAUUUAGUCUUGCUUAUAUACACUUUAAAAAUAUGUACUAUUUUGAAGAUGUCUUAUAUGGGUGUGGAUUUCCUAAUUAAAACUAAAUAAUAAUUU